AGGUCGCGCGUUUGUAUACCACGGCAGUGACUGCACAUAAUACACCAUUGCGAACCACACACAUCUUGAAGGUCGAGAAUCUCUAACCUGUUCUGCCUUGUCUCUGCCGCAGUCAUUGCAUAAGAUCAUCUGUGGUUAUUGAAAUCCCACCCACUUCAGCCCAUCAAUCAGGAAAUCUGCAUGUGCUCCCCAUUGGCUGGAUGAAAACUGUCCUCUAUCCACGACCACAAUGGGUAACCCAAUUCACAGAAUUUUUAGACGAUGAUGUGAGCAGGGCGAUUUGGCUGCAGACGGUGAUCAGUCUCAAAUACUUGGAUGGUUUGAGUUGGCACGUUUUGAGCUCUGUACACUAUUCCAAUAAGAUGAGGUGCUGAACCUUGAUAUUGUGUUCCUCUUCUCCAUCGUUCAUUUUCAUCAUCUUAUCUUUAGAGAAACGACGGGAGGUGUCGUUGGUCGUGGAAGAUUUACACCAUCAUGGCCAACUGCCCUAAAUGGUUACAGCAUGGAAAGAAUUGGUUCAUGGUAUGUUUGGCAUUGUGUGUUUUGGGUUUAAUCUUUAUCCUGCUCAUCAAUGAUACAAGUAUUAACAUCAUGCAGAGGACUGUCAGUGCACACAGUAGAAACAUUGGCAGAUACUCCAAGGAUAAGAUCCUACCCAUCUUAUCAAACAUGUUACGAGGCACAAAGACGGAGGCAGAGCUUGGAGACAUGGAGAGAACCUCAGUCAAUGGGUCAUUCUUCAGGUCAAACUUAGAUGAUAUCCAAGACCAAGAUUACAGCCAAGCUCCAGAGUUACCCAUGGCUAAGAUGCUCAUUGAAGAGAAAAAAUAUCGCCAUGACGACCAGUUUGAAAAGUACAUUAAAUGCCCUACCUCAGUGCGGAAGAAGAUGUUGGAUAAUCCUAAGAUUCGAUCCAAGUUUAUUCCUGAUAUACCAAUCCUCAUGUGGGAUAAACACUUUAAUGCCAGCGAGUAUAGAAGACUUACUCAAUAUAAAGGAAUCAAUGGAUGGAGAAAUAUAAAUUAUACUGAUGUUCGUAGCAUGGUUGGACAGCUCAAUUCUCCCAACAAUCAGUACAUGUUUGAUGACAGGUUACGGAAGGUCAAAGGUCAAUCAAGCGAUUGCACAACAUGUGCUAUCAUUGGCAAUGGAGGCAUUCUCAAGGGUUCGGGUAAAGGAGCAGAAAUUGAUGCUCAUGAUUAUGUAUUCAGAGUUAAUGCAGCAGUGACAAAAGGGUUUGAGAAUGAUGUAGGUAAGAAGACAUCCUUUUAUUGUUUUACCAUGGUCACACUCCACAACACAUUGGCACUGAGACACAGGACAGGAUUUGAAAUACCAAAAGGAGAUGAGAAUCUUCGUUACCUAUUCUUUGCUGAUUCUGACUGGACGUAUACCUUUCUAUCGGCUGCAUUGUCUGGAAAACCUUUACCAAAAAGCACAGGCAAAUACCAUAGAGGUCCUCCAGCCUUUCCUAAGCCGUUGACUGCUGAUAAUAUCAAAGUUCUACAUCCAGAUUUUGAGAGAUAUAUUAAAUUAAAUUGGGUUAAUUCAUCAGCGCAACAUAAAGACGUCCAUCGCCCCACUACAGGUGCAAUCAUGCUAUUAGCAGCCUUACAUACAUGUGAUCAGGUAUCUAUAUAUGGAUUUGCAGGGAGCUAUUCUGCCUUCAGUGAACAUUACUAUGAUAAGACUUAUUCAAAGCAUGUCAAUUAUGCAAAUCAUGACAACAACGCAGAAAAUAAGCUUUGGCAGUUUUUAGAUGAGCAAGGAAUUGUCAAGCUGUACCGGAGGUCUGCCGAAGAAGGCUAGUGAAAUGGAAUACAGCUUGCUCUGGUGAGAGGAAUAGAGCAUUGUUUUAGAUGGGGAAAUCCUAUAGCAGUAGGAAAUAAUCAGAGAGGCAGAUUGGUGUAAGUUUGAAUGAAUAAGAAAGUUAUGAAUUUGUAUAUGUUGUGAUCACUCACCUAUGGGUUUUGAAAUGGCCGAAUAUAUUACUAUUGUGUUAUGUCAUAGUGGUGUAACUAUUCCAUUUAUACAUAAAUGACUAAAAUGCUAUUUUUAAAUAAAAUUUUACUCAUAAUGAUAUUUUGCUUUAUGGGGACCGAUAGUGUGUUAAUAACUGCACUGAGGGAAAAGGAGCUUGAGAGAAAACUGCAGAGCCAUAAUAACGCCACAAUGGGAGAAGUGUCCUAUCCUGUCACAACAUACUCACUAUAAUUACACUUUGAAUUUAAAGAGUCAUAAUAGUGAUUUUAUUGAUCAAGUAUCCAUAUCAUUCUUAUCACUUGUCCAAUUUCAUUCAAACUCACAGCAUUCUGUUUUCUCCUUUUCUGUUUCCACACAAGUCACAUUGAUGCCAAUGUUGGAUACCCUUAAGCUAAAGCCUUCAUGUUUAUGUGAUUUUAUCACUUUGAUCAGAGUGAUCAAGUCCAGUGAUGCCUUGAAUGUAAUGCUUCUUCAGGUGGGUGUUUCAUAAAGCUGUGCCUAAAGUUACGGACAGCUUCAGGCACGACUGGAACGUGUUCUUAGGUCAUAACUCAAUUACAUAAAGAUAUCACAUAGCACAAGAAAGGAUCACCAGUCGUAUCUUAUGAACAGCUUUAUGAAACACCCACCAGAUGUUUUUAUCCCCUGUCAAAGUGUCCCCACAGCUUCAUAGCUCUGUCAUAGUUUCCUAGAAUGCCUAGAGAUAUUGUUCUGCGAUUUGAUGUAUGCAGAGGGCCACUGUAGUUGCAUCAAGACCGUACCAACACAAUGGAGGGGAUCAUUCUUGAUCUGUUUUCACCUACAGGUACAAGACGGUCUCAACUUUCUCAUCAAAGGCUGUGUUGUUUACUUUUAGAAAGGAGUAUGAGCAUUCUAAAGUUCCUAUCAUAAAUGCCAUUUGAAUAUAUUGAUCAUGGUGUAUUACUAGCUGAACGUGGAGAGAAGCAAAUUUCAUAAACAUACAGCACAAUAACUUCUUUUCAGUGCAAAUAUGGUUUGUUUUUAGACAAUCACAGAAUUACUAUAUCAAUGUAGAUUUUAACUCUUGUGUUUUAACCAUAUAUACAGUACACUUAUCUAAAAAAUCAAUUGAUGAAAUAAAAAUGACUACUGACAAUGAUAAGAAUGGAAGUGAUUAUAACAAUCAUGAUUAUAAAUGUAAUAUAAUUGUUUGGCAUUAAAGUAUUCUAUGCGUCACCAAAGUCUGCAAUAGGGGUUAAUGUUGUGCCAGUCAUAUGAAUAACGAAUGUAUGCUAUUGAAUCAUCUAGUUGUAUGACAUUAAAAUAUGCUGUAAACUUGUCGCUAGAAAUUGAAAUAGGGGAUGUUAUUAUUGGUUAAUUAAUAGUGUUUUUUUUCUGUACCCACUGGAGGUAAAGACAAGAUUGAUGCAUCAAAGUGCCAUGUCGUUUACCUGCAAGAUUCUCCUGUGUCAUAAUCACACAAUACAGCAGAUGUCUUGAAUAGUGAUGACUAAUGUACAUGGAAUCCUCUAUAUGGUCAGUAUUUGAAUUGGGAUUGGUAUUAGUCUGGUAUUUUCCCCCUCAUAUUGGACACCUAUUUUACUUGAGUUUAGAUGUAUCACAACUUUCUGUUUUAGAUAAUGCUGCAAAUCUGUUUUAAUUGUAAAAAUGAAGAAUCUUAAAUAGAUGUGUACUUAUAAAUAAAUAUUGCCAAAUCUAUGUGAAAUGUUUGGAGGAGAAAUCUAUCACUCACAUGUAUGUACUUGUCUUUCACUGAUCAUUCCAUGUACUUUUACAUUUAAGAUGUAAGAUAUGAUGUUUUAAUUAGGAUUUUCAAUGCUGUCUACCAGUGUAUAAAUGUUGUCUCCAUCGUA